AUGAGUGCUAUGAAGAUAAUGCUAGGCAAGUUACCGAGACCUUGGAUAGUGGAUGAUGCAAAGGACGAUGGCUAUACUGCGCUACAUUUGGCUGCAUUGAAUAACCACGCGGAGGUAGCUGAGCUGCUGGUGCGAGGAGGUGCGCGACCCGAUCUGCAGAAUGCGAAUCUGCAAACUGCGCUACACCUUGCCGUUGAGCGCCAACACACACAGAUCGUUCGCUUACUCAUAGCGCACGGUGCUGACUUGAAUAUCUGCGAUAAGGACGGCGACACGGCAUUGCACGAGGCUCUUCGGCACCACACGCUGCAGCAGCUGCGGCGGCUGCAGGACGCACGAGACGCGGCGGCGCUGGGUGCGCUCGCGCACGCGCAUGACAAGAAGUCCUCCGCCUCCAUCGCUUGCUUCCUUGCCGCACAUGGCGCGGAUCUCACACUGAAAAAUAAAAAGGGUCAAACUCCACUAGAUUUAUGCCCAGAUCCAAAUCUUCGCAAAACUUUAACCACAUGCCGUAAGGAAGGUUCUGGAAUGACAAGUGACGGUACGCCGGAGAGCGAAGCUAGCUCAAUGGUUGUAUCUAACAGCGGUGCAACCGCUUCCACAAGCACCGCUGCACUAGAAGCAUCUAGCGGCGAACCAAAACAACCUUCCGACCCGACAGCUGACGAGUGCCUCGUAUGUUCUGACGCAAAGCGCGACACCAUGUUUCGUCCCUGUGGACAUAUAUGUUGCUGCAAUGUUUGCGCUGCAAGGGUGAAGAAGUGCCUGGUGUGCCGCGCGUGCGUGAGCGGGCGGCAGCGCGUGGGCGAGUGCGUGGUGUGUUCGGAGGCGCCGGCCACGGUGGUGUUCCGGCCGUGCGGCGACGUGUGCGCGUGCGCUGCCUGCGCGCCGCUCAUGCGCAAGUGCGUGGAAUGCCGCACGCCGCUGCAGCCGCAGCAGCCGCAGCCGCAGCCGCCGCCGCAGCAGCCGCAGCCGCAACCGUCGCUGCCGCACGCCAACCUCCACCGUGAGUACUGUGCACGCGAUAACUCUGCAACUUCAUGCUGCAGCACACGAUUUUUAAAGUGA